GGUACAGCAGGAUGCAAGGACUGCAGCCCCUGCUGGCCCACCUGCUGCUGCAGACUGUGGGUUAUGGCUCAACUAAAGCAGACGCUGUGGUGAAUAUGAGGAAGGUUACCCAUCAGACCAUUAAUGAAAAGCUGUCCAAAACUUUUCUCCUCCCCUGCCUCUUCGCCCUCCGCCCUGGUGUCAGUUCAUCCCAUGACCCCAGGGUCAAGUGGACUAAGGUGUGGGGCCAGAGAGGCUCUGAUGGUCUGCAGAAGGAACUCCUGGUGGCCAAAGACAAUGUGGUCAAGGUGAAGAAGGCCUUCCAGGGUUGAGUAACGCUGCCUGGUUUCGAUGAGAACCGUUACAAUGCCAGUGCUCUGUCAGGAUUACGAUCCAGUAACUCUGGUCUAUACUGCUCUGAGGUUGUGGGGGACAUCAAUGAUAGGCAGGUCACAAUUCCCCUGGAAGUCAAAGCUGUGGUGGGACCUCCUGUCCCCUAUCACCAAGCCCAAUCACCGCACCUUGGGAGACAGAGCCUUUGCCAUCACUGCCCUCACGUAUCCCAUCAAGUCGCUGGGCCAAGUUGCGAUGGUGAUCAAGAGGACUCACCUGGUGUUCGUAACUACAGUAAUAGGUCCCCUGAUGAGCUGUUUGAUGUCCACUGCUUUGCUAAAUUCACUGCAUCGAGUCCAAAUAAGACAUCAUCCCAACAUGAAUAUAUCAACAUAUCUAGACCUCAAGAUCCCAGAGGGAGCUCACCCCUGGAUACCACCCACAGCGGCUACUUUCAGCCAAUUGAGUCAUUAAAUGGCUCCAAACUAGGCCCUUAUGAAAAUGUAGGUUAUGGAGGUAUAUACCCCACCAGAGAGCCUAUGGAAGCCAAAGCAGGGCUACCCGAGGUGAUGGCACUGCCCACCUCCCUUCAACAGGACAAUCCAGGAUACUACUCAGGCCAGGAGAGGGAUCCGGACAGAGAUGAUGCUAACAGUCCAUCACCUGUCAGGACCACAUCAUUGGAGGAGAGGGGGAUGGAAGGGAGUGGUGAAGAGAGCAACUUCCCUACUGAGUUUGGAUUUAAAGUCAACAACUAUGACAGCAGUAGGGUCAAACUGAGUCCUAAGACAGAGGCUUCACCAAGCCAGAGCCAGCCUGAGGUUUUGAUUGUGGCAGAGCACACCACUUUGUCCUAUUGGCAGCUGUUGGAACAACCAACCACACCACCUGAGGGAUCCCAGGAAGCUGGCACAGCAGAGGAGGCCAGGGGAGAGAUCCUCUAUGUCAGCCAACCUACAGAUUACCUCUCCUCUGCUUCUUUAGGAAGAGGAGAGGGUAGCUCAAAUUCAGGUUUCAAACCUAUUUUCAAGAAGCACAAAAAAUGCAUGAGUAGAAGGAAAGCAGUGUCUUCCACACCUGAAGCCUUCAUGGAGGUUCUAACAACCACUGAGCUGACCACAGUGCAGCUGAAGACAGAUUCUACUGCCACAGCAGCCACCGCAGAACUCCGUGUACAAUUCCAACACCAGGACACCAUCUUUUCCCAUUUCACGGGUUCAAGAAGAGAGGAGCGAAAGGUGCUCUAA